UUGACUUUGACAGCUAAUUUCUUGAAGUUGGUCGUUUUAGGCAUGCGCUGUCGGCAACUUCACGGGCGUAUCUUGCAUCCUUGUUUUGUUGGCGGUGGCCGGUGGGGGUGUCGUAUUCACAAUUCACCCUUUACGGCAAACCCGGCCGCUUGCGAUUUCGUAUACAUUUACGUUUACUUAUCAUUGUUAAAUGUGAAAUAACGACAAAUAUAAGUUGUGUAACUAUCACAAUGCCAUCUUAUGAAGUAUCAUCCAGCUGGGCCGAUGAAGUGGAGGAUGAGGGAAAUAUUACUCUUCCUCCUCCAUCUAUAAUUUAUGAAAAUGACUUCAAAAUUAUGACAGAGUACAAACUGAACGAGGAUAACAAGAAAGUCAAGGUUGUUCGUACAUACAGAGUGGAGAAGCGUACAGUUUCUAAGUCAAUUGCGGUCAGAAAGAAUUGGGCCAAAUUUGGAGAUUCAACAAAUGAUGGUCCAGGACCAAAUCCAGCUACAACAGUUAUUGCUGAAGAUGUAUUUAUGCAGUUCCUCUCAGGCAAGGAAGAAGACAACAAGGUUGAAGAGGAUGCGCUGGAUAAAUUGAAGAGCUUGGUUGAAAAGGGAGCUGUCAAGUGCCGUAAUUGUAGUGGCGAGCACUGGACCUCAAAGUGUCCAUUCAAAGAUACAGUACUUGGAGGCACAAGCAAAGUGCCAGAAGACAAAAAGCUUCCCAACGCAUCAGCAGCACCUGGUUUACCAGAAAUAGGUAAACCUCAAGGUUCAAAGUAUGUUCCCCCAAGUAUGCGUGACGGCGGUAACAAACGCGGAGAUUCUAUGCAAAUGCAGCGUAGAGACGAUUUUGCAGCUAUUAGGAUAUCUAAUUUGUCAGAAAGUACAACCGAUGCCGAUUUAGAAGAACUUGUCAAGCCAUUUGGAGCAAUUCAAAAGCUCUACUUGGCAAAAGAAAAGAACACAAAUUCUUGCAAAGGGUUUGCUUAUGUGCAUUAUAAAAUGCGAUCUGAAGCUGCUAAGGCUAUUGAAAGAUUACAUGGUCACGGAUACGAUCACUUGAUUUUGAAUGUAGACUGGUCCAAGCCUCCAGCUCAAAGCAAUGAAUCUAAAGUAUAAUGUAUGAUUUCAGAAAAAAUACGAGAUUUUUUCUUCUAAAAAGUCUUUAUUAUUAAAUAUUUGUUCACUUUUUGUUUCUAAAUAUUUAACUAGAUUACAUUAAUUUUUUCUUUCCAUUCCUAUAAUAUAAAUUCAAAUAGAAUCUUAUACCAGUGCCAUCUAUAUUCAAAAUAAGUGUCUUUGGUCAGUACUUAUUGGUUGAAAAUACGACAAUAAGUUUACAGCUUGGAGCUAUCAAUGCUAUCAUAAUCCUUUUAAAAGGAUGAAUGCAUUUCUUUAGCCUGUAAUCUUACUUAGAAUGUACCAGUCGGACAAUGUAACCAGCUUGCUGAUAAUGUUAGUGCCAGAAAUAGAUUCUCUAUAGUUUUAAUAGAAAUCAAAUUGACGUAUAAACAAUAAGCGCUUCUUUACAUAAAAUGGAAACAAAAGUUGGAAAAUUUAAAAAUAUGGGAUGAAAAAAUCAUGAAAUGCAGUAAUUGUUAUAUUGUAGAUGAUCACUGGACCUCAAAAUGUCCACUGAAAAAGCAAACUACAGUACCUAAAAACAUAGGACCUACAAUACCAGGAUUGGCUGGCGAUCAGAGCACUAAAUGUGUUCCUAAAGUGAAAAGUAAUCAGGAAACGUCUAUUAAAAUAUCUAAUUGCCAAAAUUUGCAAAUACUGAAUAUUUGCAAGAACUUGCCAAACCAUUUGGCAAAAUUAAAAAAAUUUUUAUAGCAAAAUAUAGAGAUACAAAUGAUUGCAGAGGAUAUGCUUUCGUUCAUUUUAAAACACGAUCUCAAGCAGCUGAAGCUAUUAAAGUAUUAAAUGGGCACAAGUGUGGUAACUUAAUUUUGAGUGUGGACUGGUCUGAUCCUCCAGCUCAAAGCAUGAAUAAAUAAUGAAUAAUAUAGGUAGAUUUUAAAAUGAUGUAUGCACUGUUUUUUUAAACAUAUUUUUAUUAUUUAAUAUUUUCACUUUCUAUUAAAUCCAUUUAAAUAGAAAAAUAUUUUGUAUCAUUCUUUUUAUUUUGUGCCCAAUAAUUUAUAUUUGAAAUACCUGAAAUCAUCCAUUGUAAACCUAUACCUAUAUAAGUAUGUACACAUAUAUAUACUUAUUUAAAAGUUAUAAUCUACGGACUUAACAGUAUAAAAUAUUUUAUAAAAAUAUGUAUAACAUAUUUAUGUUGUAUAAUUGUAUAAAUGGUAAAAAAUUUCUUACAAAAUUCAACAAUGCGGUAUCUUUUAUGGUGGCAGCAUUCUUUUGAUAUCAUACAUAAUAGUAUUAUGUAGUAACUUACAAAAUUUAUACACUUUAAUAUGUGUAUGCAAACAAAUUAAACUUAGAAUAUAUAUGUACUAAAUAUUUAUUAUAAAUAUUUACAAAUCGACAAAUGACUCUUCUGGUAAAUAUUUUCCAAGAUGAAUCUUGUCUGUUUUCAUUCCAUCUUCAAAAUAAAGCUCAUGCACUGAUCUUUAAAAUUAAAAAAAUUCGUUUCAGAUUCAGAUUUUUUUUUUAAAUGUAUUGAGUUUGACAAUGAUCUAUUUUAUUAAGAAAUACUUACAGUUGAGAACACAAUUUAUCAAGAUGACAUGGAAGUAAGAAUCUUGCAUGAGGUGAAAGAUCUGCAAAUGGAUCUAUAGUUCUAUCUGCAUUUCUAAAAGUUUCUAGCCU